AUGCAACUAUUUGAUCCAUUUAUAGAAAUCACUACAUAUCCACAACGUAGCAAAGAAGUGCAUAAAACUUUGAAAAAUGUGGAAAAAAUCGCAGCUUUCUUGCCUGAUCCACUUGCUCGAUUUAUUGGCGAUUCUAAUCUAGUCAAGAUUGAUGAGGAUACGAUAUGUGAGGAUGAUUUGUGUAACAACCGAGGAACAUGUAUUGGUACUAAAGAUUCUAACUUCUGCAUUUGUAAACUUGGUUAUACUGGACUGCGUUGUGAAAAUACUCCUUGCGAUUCAUCUCGAGACUGUAAUGGUAAGGGACUAUGUAUUGGUACAUCUAGGGCGCAUUCUUGUGUGUGCCAAUUAGGUUUCACCGGUGAACACUGCGAGAACAGUAAUACCGAAUGA